AUGUAUUCAACGGUUUCUUGAAAACUUAUAGCUGAAAUUAUCUUUUCAUUUUCAGCUUGAAAAGUACCGUAAAACUUUAAUACCGGGUGAAGUACAAGCCGAUCUCGACAAAUUCAAACGGGCUUCACAGAUUUUGUCCUUCAAAGAGGUUGGAAAUUCUUCUUUCUGACUAGUUACCGAUUCUUUUGAGCUAACGAGAAUCACUGCGCACGAGUCGGCGACCUUUGCUUUGAGUAUGGCGCUUCUGGCCGAUUUUGACGAAAAUGAGCCUUCCUGGACAACUAGCGACCAACUUUUGCGAUAUGAGAAGGUUGGCUUUUGUUUUGAUUCUCACAAAAGUUAAUUUUUAGUCGAUCCGAUGUUUCUCUGACCGGCUGCCUUUAUCUACUAUCAUCCAAAUCCCGGCUGGAAAUCUCCUUGCCGCUGCGAAUCAAGAGGACUCCUCGAUCACAGCCAUCGAUCGUUUGGCGGACUACGGUAAACCCGAUUUGAAUAAAAUAGGCAGACGUUAUUCGUUUAGCCGAUCCCCGCUCGGGCAAAAUUUUGUCAAGUUCAAGCGAUUUGACGUUCAAAAACAGUUUCAAAAAAAAAAUUUAGCAAUUUUUCAGGAUGCGAUAAGUCGCGGUUCGUGGGUGAUGCUGAGUAUCGGAAAGAAACGAUUGUCGGACUUGCGAUGUGAGAAUUUUUUGAAAAACAAAAAAGUGAUAUUUUAAAAAAAUAUCAAGAUUUUAAUGAAUUUUUGAUCCGUGAAGGCUCAACCUGUAGGUUUUGGGUCUUUCUCGAAUACGAGCUCUUUGAGAGGAAGUUCUAAUCGAAAGCUCGCAUCUGCGACUAAUGUUUCUUCGUUUAAUAUUUUCACUCAAAAUAUCAUUUAAAAAGUAAGAAAAAAGAAAUUGGACAACAGAAGUCUUCAGGACGGAAGUUGAGCAGCAGUUCCAAGACGCCCUAGAACUCGCUGAGAAGUACCAUCUCGACGCGUGGGAUCUUCACAUGGCUUCUUUGGAAAACGCCCUCACUUCGUUUGAAAAUAAUGGAGAUUCCAGCUCAUUUUUUCGCUUUCAGACUCACAAUUGCGGAGGCAAAGCAAAUCUUGAAGUCUCGAGGGCAUCUGGCCAAGCUUCGGACUCGACCUGAAGAUUUCCAGAAGACGCUCCGCUCCUCGGUCCUGCCUCUCUUGUCUUCCAAUGAACAAUUCAUCGCCUAUCUCUCCUUGUUUUCUGAGAACGAGCCUGAGAAGAAGGCGUCUCCGGUCUUGAAGAAGGUUCUUGAGAAAAAGAAAGGUCUGUUUUGUCUCGUGAAACUCGCAAAAACUGAACAAUCACCUCAGAUGUCAAAGCGGUGAAAAUGUUCACAGACGUCAAGUACCUCACGAAUCUGAUUGUUUCUAUUCCCGACAAGAUUUUGUGGUCGUUGAUUGAUGUCUUCCUUAUUAUCCCGGUAAAUAGAUUUAGUAGAACUAGCUCUAGUUUGAACUUUCAGAUUGGGGUAGAGGCUUGUGAAUUGGCGGCCCGUCAACUUUUGGAUGGAACGGAUGUUCGGCCGCCGGGGCAUCCGUUGACUUUGUUCUUGUUGCUGAGAAGAGAUGUCGAAGAGUUCUUGGAACUGGUCGCCAUCAAAUCCGUAUGUUGAGGAAUCCAUUUUUAGUAAUAAUAAGAGAACAAAUGUCGGGGUCGUGUUUAAGUGUUCCAAGUACAACCAGAAAAAACUGAGUUUCUUGUAGUACAGUUCUGAAAAAGAAAGACAUGAGGUUAUUCAGAGUCUUUCAAGGUUCUAUAACUUGACUAGGAAAUGAAUGACAAAAAAUCGAGUUGAACUUUUGAUAUCUCCAAUCUUGAUCCAAUUAUUGACGGUACCUCAUAGGGAAAGUUCUAUUUCAUUUCAUUUUAGCGCGACGAAGAAAUUGCAUACUUGGAACGGGCUGCGAUGUAUGUGGAAGCGACGCCAAACGUUCCCCAAGAACUGAAAGAUUGUGUCAAGUUUGUAUGAAAUCGAAAAUCAAAUCUCAUUUUUCUGUUCCAGAAAACGUUUGGAAGCAAUGACGUCGUCAAGAGAAGCGACGGCGAGUCCGGAUUCUGAAUCCUUCACUUUUGGCUCGUCUUCUGACGUCGGCAAUGCGAUCAUGAACCGAAGACGUCGAUAA